GCCCAGUGAACCAGACUUGAAACACACGGUGCGUCGGAAGUCGUCGCAGCUUUCAUCCGCACACGUUCACGUUCACUCUGCUGACACGACACUUCAUUACGGCGACAAUGCGCUUCGCUGCUCUUCUUGGUAUUUGGGUGCUGCCGUCCUUGACGUUGGCCUUCGACCCGUCUACGUGGGAAGUGACUGCACUGCCGGGACUCAGCGAAUCGGUUAACUUCAAACACUACUCCGGAUUCCUGAACGGUGCGGAUGGUCGACAGCUGCACUACUGGUUUAUGGAGAGCCAACGGUCGCCAACUGAAGACCCCUUGGUGCUGUGGCUGACCGGAGGUCCCGGUUGUAGUGCGCUCUCGGCAGUGGCCACAGAGUUGGGUCCGUUCCGCAUUGGGCCACUUGGCGUGAACGUGACUUUGAAUCCAUACAGCUGGAAUCAAGUCGCAAACAUCCUAUUUUUGGAAGCCCCGGCUGGUGUCGGUUUCUCUUACGAUCCCACUGGAGUUUACGACACUGAUGACACCAAAACAACUGAAGAUAACUACCUGGCGCUGUUGGAUUUCUUCGAAAAAUACCCUCAGUUUAAGAGCAAUGACUUCUAUGCAAUGGGUGACAGCUAUGGGGGUAUUUUUGUCCCCCUUAUCAUGCAGCGAAUUAUGAAGAACCCAGAAGGACUGAAUGUCAAGGGUUACGGCAUUGGAAACGGGGCUGUGGAUUUCAAGCUUCACUUCAAGGCCACCAUAUUCUAUGCUAAUUACCACAGCCUUUUGGGACGCGAUCUCUGGGACGACCUUACUUCGAACUGCUGCAACAACAGCAUCUCCGAGAAAACGUGUAACUUCACUAUGGAUCCCAAGAAGAUAGCCUGCACCGUUCCGGUUCUUGAAGUCUACAAGCUUGUUUUCGAAAGUGGCUUGAACUUCCAAAACAUCUACGAUCCAUGCAAUCUCACAGAAGCACAGCUGCGGCUUUUGACGCUCCACCCAGAGGUCACUCGUCACUACACGUCCAACAAUGUGCUGGACACAACAUUCACUCAAGAAACUACGAACUUCCAUGCCAACGAUGAUAGCUGCUCUUUUAACGAAGAUAUGACGCUGUAUUACAACCGACCAGAUGUCAUCGAAGCUCUUCACGUGGAACAGUCUCCGCUGAAAUGGGUUCCGUGCGCGAAGGAGCUCAAUUUCACCAAGCAGCACAUGACUAUGCGGAAUGUGAUCCAAGAACUGAUAGACUAUGGCAGCCUGAAGAAUUAUUUUAACGGUGACGUCGAUAUGGUCUGCACAGCUCUUGGCGGUGAAUGGUUCGUUCACAGCCUGGGUGUCCAGCCCACUUCGACGUACAAGAUGUGGCGCGCUGGUUCCGUAAUCGCCGGCUUCGCCCAGACCUUCAGCAAGAACGUCACUUUUGCCACUGUCAAGGGUGCUGGCCACUUGGUUUCAAAAGACAAGCCCAAAGAAUCUCUGCACAUGAUUUCCGCUUUUCUUUCAGAUAUUCCCCUCGCAUGAGAAAUUAAUGAAUAUGUCUAGUAUAAUCCCACUUAAAUGAUACUACACAUUAGCCGGAUUCACCCGGUGGCGCGGGUUCUCCCCUGCAUCUUCGCUGGACUUAAAUAAACUUUUUAUCGUCUUCUUCAUUUAUAG